CGAAGAGAAGUGCCGUUACUUCUUCACGGAGCUGAAGAAGAAGACGGCCAAGGGGAACGAUUUGCUCGCACGGUUGGGAAGGGGAAGGGUUCGUGGAAAGGUCAAGACAAAGGCAAACCCAUUCAAAACCGUGAAGGAAAAGUUAUUGGAUACAAGAGAAGUUUAAGGUACGAGAAUCUAGGAUCGACCCAACAUGGUCGAUGGCUCAUGAAAGAAUACAGUAUCUCUUCUCCUCAGGAUUAUGUACUAUGCAGGAUUAAAAGGCUGGAUCACACACCAACUGUGGCACCUGUUUGCCAAAACCCCAGCAGAACGCAGGAUGAACAAGAUCAACAGCAGCAGGCAAAAAAGGCCUCGGUUAGAUGGCUGUGA